AUGUCGUCGUCCGACGACGCGGCGCCCCUGCCCGAGCCACAGAGGAGGAGCUACCGUGCAGCUGGAUCAGCUGCUCGCUUGGACGCACCUGUGCCGAAUCCGCCCAAGCGGGCGAAGCUGGCCAAGGACUACAAGGGCCCCGCCGCCAAGAUCGCCAGCACCUCCGCCGCCCCCGCCAAGACCAAGCAUGCCAGGGCGAAUCAGACUCGGCAGAAGAGGACGACCCACGUCGGCAGCGACUCUGAUGACACUGGGCCUGGCGCCAGGGCCAUAGACAGCGACGAGGACGAGGAGAACUGCGUGACCAAGAUGGCCACGGCCGACGCGGCCGUCGGCGGCGACGAUCCCAAGUUCCAGCCGUGCGAGACGAUCUACCAGCGCCCCGGCCUCAAGAACCUCAAGGGCGCAGCCCUGCUGGAGAAGCUGUGGGACAUGUAUGCGGUCACUGGGCAGCGUGACAUCACUGUGAAGUUUUUUACUGAGUCUGGGCAGAGGACGAUGAAGCCUCACCCCUUGAACGAGCGGCGGCAGGACACAGUCGUGGCUGAAUAUACCGAGUCAAUAAAGGAGGACGGCAACGUCGCGGGGGUCCGCGGAGACCCGUGGGCCGUCUUCUCGCCAGGUGGGCAGUUGCCGUACUUGAUGAUCUCGUACGGCACGCUCAGCCGCGCUGUCUACCGGGCGGCUGCUGAGGAUCCCAAGAACAAGAUGGUGAAACUUACGUUGAAGCAAGGGCUUCGCCACAUGACGGUGCUGGACCACCGCACGCCAGACGACGUCAUCAGGUUCCUCAUCGAUUUCCACAACGACUGGCACAAGGGCUCGACAUUCACUCUCUUGCAGAUGUUCAAUCUUGCCAAGACUUACAUUGCAGCGUUCAAGGCCAACAAGGCUGUCCAGGGUGACGAGUACGGAUGCAUAUGGGACUUCAUCGUCGACAGGUACCCCGAGAAGGACAGGAAGUUCAAGAGCGGCAACGAGAUGGCCCUUCUCAAUGCGCUCAAGCGGUACAACCUCACCGACGCUACGUUCGACUACCUCGGCACCCACUGCAUCUUUAACGACAAGCGCAUGGACAACACAGUGGCGAUAUUCAACCUUCACCACAUCGCAGUGUCGGUCUUCCAUGAUGUCAUGCGUGCCUCCACCAGCAUCGAGUACCUGAAGAUCGUCUGGUUCGCUAUCCUUCCGAUGUGCGUGCCCGUGAAGUGCACGGGCGGGCGCGCGCCGCCGUUCGUCUUCGACAAGAUACAGCUCGAGAAGUGCAAGUGGCUGGUGCAACCAAUGGCAGAUAGCGUGGUGGUCAAGCGCGGCGUCGAGCUUGCUCGGAAGCUCAAGGAGAAGCAGCUUGCAGCCGCGGCACAGGCAGCAACGGACGCGGGCGGUGGCGUGUCCUACUCCCAAGUCAAGGGCUCCGCCAAGGCUUCAGCCAAGGUGGCCAAGGUGUCAUCGAAAUGCAUUCCGCAGGAGGAUAUGACCAACAUGGAUAAUCACAAGGUGUGGCUCCUAGAUGCAAUGUCUUGCAUCUUGUCGGCGGUGUCAGAGUGCAAGCUCGAGGAUGCGGACCAGAUGGCGAUCUUCAAGCAACUGAUCACACCCGCUAUCGAGUUUUGCUUCCAGGGCACGAUACGCAUGGGAGCAACUACCUACACGAAGUGGUCGGAUCUGCGGCCCAAGCUCCGCGACCUCGCAACCGCCACUGCGAUGAGCCGCGUCGGAGCCUUCGGCGUUGGUGGCGACGAGGGCCAGCCCGUGCAGAGCGUCAAAGAUAUUCUCGAGUCCAGCCUCGACGCAUCCACGACCGUCGACGUCGACGUCCGCGCCUCAGUCCAGACGAGGCUCCUAGCUGAUUUGCAGUCGGGGGCGACCGAGUGGACCAACACGUUGACCGAUUUCAUCGCUGCCAACAAGGCCAGCAUCCCCGCGAAGCGCCACCCAGCCUACCGCAGCUUGAUCGAUGAUAUGUACGACCAUCUCGGGGCCAACGACGGACGCGCCGGGAAGGUACUUGCAGAUGCUGCUACUCGUCCCAGUGACGACGCCUCAGUGUCGGAGUUCACCCGAUGUGCCCUCGAGCUCGUGUACGAGAAGAUGGAUGGUGUCAUGCCAAACGGCGUCGUGACUCUCUGCCAGCAAGCUUGCUCGUACCUCAAGUUGACGUCCCAAUUGCCGGCAUGCAUACUGCGACAUUUCGGCAAGGUCGAGGACCUGUUGUGGUUCAUGCAGCUCCGUGCGACGUAUGCCCAGAUGGCCUUGGACGACGUGUUACAUUCGCAUGAGACCUUCAUGACUUGCUCACGUGCCACCAUCCACAUCGACCUGUCCAAGUUGGCUGUGGCGGCGAAGGAGGCCGCCCAGCAUUUGCGCCACUUGGACGGUCGCCUGCGGCCUGACCAGUGGGUGCCAGUCUACCUUACUUUCAUGGCGGCAGUGUACAGCGGCCACGUGCAUGACUAUGGAGAGUUGGUCAG